AUGUCUUCCUUCUUCACGCCCCGGUUUCUUCUUUCAUGCGUAACACUUGCGUUAUUCCUCCAGACUCCUUCUUAUGCGGUCACCGACGAUUAUUUUGCAGCUUGCAGUACUCUGUACAAUUGCGGGAAGAUUAAAAACGUCGGGUUUCCUUUCUGGGGACAAGGCCGUCGAGAAAGUUGUGGCUAUCCUGAUUUGUAUCUCAAUUGUUCUGACGGUUUGACCUUCAUAACAAUCCAAAACGUCACAUACUUGGUAUUGGAUGCCAAACCAGAACAACAAAUUCUGAGUAUCGUUAGAUUCGACUUGAAGCAAAGCUUAUGCCCAAAUCAGCUUCUCAAUGCAAGCCUUGACCUUCAGUUGUUUGAGAACGUGCCGGAAACAAAAAAUUUUACCCUUUUAUAUGGUUGUCCGUCAAUCCCUUCACUAAACCCCCUACUAUUUUAUUGUCCCAAAGAUGGGUUCCAUAAUCCAUUCGCCUAUCUACUGUCGGAUAAUAUUCCUGAAAUUUCUGCGUUAUGCUCUACAAGCGUGGUUGUUCCUGUUAAAACUCCUACGUCAUUGGUUGAUCUUCAGGUUUUAGGCAUAGUGCAAAAGUGGCUUAGUGAUGGGUUUGAAAUAAGAUGGAUAGCUGGAAUUGUAGAUUGUGAUAAGUGUCAGAUAAGAGGGGGAGUCUGUGGCUAUGAUUGGGAUUCAAAUAAGAUUACCUGCUAUUACAUAUUAGGCAACUCAGCGCCGCAGCCUCAGUGGACGCCUCAGCCUCAGGGGACUUCAGGCCCCUUUCUACUGACUUAUUGUAUGGAUAAGUUUGAUUCCAACAUAAAACCACCUCUCAAUUCGUCCUCCACGUUCCUCCUUUUGGUUCCUUUGUUGAUCUCUGUCCAUAUUCCAACAUCUCUUGGUGCGAAUGAUGAUCAGUAUACAAACUGUUCAAGUGGCUCUUUUAUCUGCGGAAGCGUCCAAAACCUCACUUAUCCAUUUUGGGGGGGAGAAAGAGCAAAUUAUUGUGGUCUUCCUGAUUUCAACCUCACCUGCGAAGCCAAUAUCCCAAAAAUUACCGUACGGUCCCUCAAAUACCGGAUUCUUCAUUUGGAAUGGACUACACAGACUCUUGUAGUGGCUCGGGAUGAUUAUUUUGACACUAUCUGUCCAACUGAUUACAAAAACAACACAUUUGAUCAAACAACGUUCAAGUAUGUGGAUGAUGGGCUUAGCAAUGCGACCUUUCUCUACGAUUGUGGUUCUUAUAGUUCUCCUCCAUUUCCAUCAAAUCCUUUCGAUAAAAAGUGCAAGGUUGCUGAUAAUGAUACAGAUAUAACAGUCUACUACCUUCCCGGACCAUGGUUUAUAAGGGAUUGCAAAAGUGUUAUCAUGCCGAUUUAUGAAGCAAACCUUGGUCGAGUUGAAGCUGCUAUACAGGAUGUAUUACGAGAUGGGUUUGCAUUGCAAUGGAUGGUAAACACUGAGGAUUGCAACACAUGCUCUCAAUCUGGUGGCCAGUGCGGCUAUGAUGGACAAUUCUCCUGCUUUUGCAAAGAUGGACCCCAAAAAACUUCAUGUCCUGGUAAAACGUCAGGAUCAAUUGAGAAGCUGGGUUCGCGAGUUGCUAUAGGCAUUUCAACAGGAGUUGGUGGACUUGCUCUAAUCUCGAUUUUGAUUAUUUAUAUAUGCAAGAAGCGUUUUGGAAUAGAAAAUGGGAAAUUAUUCACAGAGAGAAGAGCAUAUCAUGAUCACAAUGUUAAAUCCUUCAUGAGAAACUAUGGCUCUUUGGCGCCAAAGAAAUAUGGUUAUGCAGAAGUGAAAAGAAUGACAAAAUCAUUUUCAAACAAAUUGGGCGAAGGAGGGUAUGGUGUUGUAUACAAAGCCAGCCUACCUGAUGGUCGUCCAGUGGCAGUUAAAGUAAUAAGGGAAUCUAAAGGAAGUGGAGAAGAAUUUAUAAAUGAAGUUGCAAGCAUCAGCAGAACCUCCCAUGUCAACAUAGUCACUCUCCUGGGAUUUUGUCAUGAAAGGAACAAAAGAGUAUUAAUCUAUGAAUACCUGUCAAACGGUUCCUUGGAUAAUUUCAUCUAUCAGAGAGGGUCUUCAAACGCUCUCUGUGCUUUGGAGUGGAAGUUAUUGUACCAGGUUGCUAUUGGCAUUGCUCGUGGACUGGAGUACUUGCAUCGGGGUUGUAACACAAGAAUUUUGCAUCUUGAUAUCAAACCCCAAAACAUUCUCUUAGAUGAAGAAUUUUCCCCAAAAAUAUCCGAUUUUGGAUUGGCUAAAUUAUGUCAAAAGAAGGAGAGUAUUGUGUCAAUACUAGGCACAAGAGGAACAAUAGGGUUCAUUGCACCAGAAAUAUUCAGCAGAGCAUUUGGCGGUGUUUCUUACAAAGCAGAUGUUUAUAGCUAUGGCAUGUUGGUCCUUGAAAUGGUUGGAGGAAGGAAGAACUACGACAGUGGAGGAUCACAAGCUGAUGAGCAGUAUUUUCCAGAUUGGAUUUAUAAGGAUCUUGAGCAUGGUAAGCAUCCAGCUAGUUCUUUAGUAAUCACAGAGGAAGAUGAUGAAGUGGUAAGGAAGAUGACUUUAGUGAGUCUAUGGUGUGUUCAAACCAAUCCAUCAGAUAGACCAGCUAUGAGUAAAGUGGUAGAAAUGUUAGAAGGACCCCUUCAAUCCUUAACGAUUCCUCCAAAGCCAUCCCUUGAAUAUCCUACAAAAUCAUCAGCAGUUAUACAAUUGUCAAAUGCAUCUUCCGAAGACAUGAUUCAUACAGUUUCAAUAAGCAGUUGACUUGUACACUGUACCUACUGCCAAAGACAAUUUAACUUCGAAUUGUCUUGGAAGAUUCAUGGAUAAUUGCCAACUAUUGCUUUCCUUUAUGUUUGUUCAUGCAAGUAUGUGGGCCAAUGACCCUUGAAUAAACGUUGAUGCGAAUAUUUCAAAAAUUUGUGCUAAGGCAUAUGAAGGAUGAUCCGGUGGAAUUCUUCAGUGUUUUGGCUCGUCCAUGAAGAAGUAAAAGUCAAAUCCACUCA